UAAUUAAAUUUACUUAAACAUAAUAAAUAAAAGUGUCAAAAUUAAAGAAAUAAAUAAAAGAAGUGAAUUGUAACUUUGCUCCGAUAUCAAAAUCAUUGGAUUAUUUCGCAAAUGUUUAACUACCCUAAACACUAUUAAUAAAAACUCAAAUAAAUUGACAACAUUUCUACGAUGUCCUAGUUACUAGUGAAAAGUUUUUAACGAAAAAUAAGUAUGUGAAUAUUUAUGUCUGCAAAAAACAUAAGUAAUUUCUCUUAUUUAGCUUAAAGUCAUAUGGAUGUGUGUGCCUAAUAAAAGUCUUUGUAGAAAGAAGUUUCAGAAUUUUACAAACAAGUAGUGACACAAUUUUUUAAAAAAUGCAAGAAGUCUGUACAACAUUAGAAAGCCAAAUGGGCGCGCAAAUCAAAUCAGAAUCACCGCUAAAUGCACUGCAAGUGCAAACCGGUCAAACUGUUGUGCCUGGAGUGUCAGCCACGCCACAGCAGGUGCAACAGGCCACAGCCAAUGUAACGGCUGCCACAGCCACGGCAAUGCUCAUAAAUAAAAUGGGACCAAACUGUGAUAAACGAGUUAAUGCCAACGAAGCACCAUACUGGAUGACAGCCAGCGAGGGGGGCUUCAUCAAUUCACAGCCAUCAAUGGCAGAAUUUCUCAAUCAUUUAAGUCCCGAAAGUCCGAAAAUGAUGGGUGGUGGUUUGGUAGCUGGUGGUGGUGCCGGAGGUGGUGUAACGCCAGUAGUCGGCGGAUAUCCGGUUGGUGUUGGUGGACCACCGCAGACACCAGAUGGCAUGGAUUCGGUGCCAGAAUAUCCAUGGAUGAAGGAAAAGAAAACAUCACGUAAAAAUAAUAAUAACAGUAAUCAAGGUGAUAAUGCAAUAAAGAAUGGCCUGCCACGACGUUUACGGACCGCAUACACAAACACCCAACUGUUGGAAUUGGAAAAGGAAUUUCAUUUCAAUAAAUAUUUAUGCCGGCCAAGAAGAAUUGAAAUUGCAGCCAGUUUAGAUUUAACUGAACGGCAGGUAAAAGUUUGGUUUCAGAAUCGUCGCAUGAAACACAAACGUCAAACUCUUUCGAAAACCGACGAUGAAGACAACAAGGACAGUCUAAAAGGUGAUGAUGAUCAGUCUGAUAGUAAUUCCAAUUCAAAGAAAUCAUGUCAAGGCUGCGAACUGCCAUCCGACGACAUACCAGAUUCAACUUCAAAUUCAAGAGGUCAUAACAAUAAUACACCAAGUGCUACGAAUAACAAUGCCAGUGCUGGUAGCUUAACACCCAAUUCUACAUUAGAAUCCGGCAUAUCUUCCAAUCUUUGUGGCAGUAAUGCGGUGUCCGGUUCUAAUAUGGUUAGUGCUGACUCUAGCGUUGCUUCCAGUGGCAGUUUAGAUGAUGACAUCGAAGAUGGUCCCAUCAAUAAAGUCAAGAAAAAAGAUGAUCAACACAUUAAAAAGGAAGCAGUCGUUUCGACUUCCACCAAGAUCUCACAAUUUAGUGGCUACGAUACGUCCAUUUCAAUUGGCAUUGGUUCGGGCUAUAGACGUGACUCGGACACAUCUUCCCAACACAGUCAAGCAACGGCCAAUAGUAAUAGCGGUGCCGGCGGUAAACGUCGUUAUCAGAAUUCAAAUGCAGCUGCCAAUAGCAACAAUAUAGCGGACGGUGGUGGUAAUUCAUCAUUCUAUCCCAGUUACUAUAACAAUAAGCAACCACAACAGCAAUUGCAGUCACCACAACAACAACUACAACAGCAGCAACAACAUCCACCACAAACACCUUCACAAGAGUACUAUGGAAAAUAUGAUAUUGAAUUCGCCGCAGCUGCUGGUUCACCACAGCAUAUUGCCCACAGAUUACAACAGCAACAGCAGCAAUUACAAAACUCAACAAUGCCAGUACCCAAUGGUGAAUAUCUAAGUCCCAAACCAGACUUUUUAGCAGUUUCACAAAGUUCACCACACCUCAAGUCAGGGAACGAAGUGGCGACGAAACUACACCAUGGUCCCAAUGUUUUCCAUCAUCCACCAGCACCAACAUCUACCACAGCUACUGCUCAGCAAUUACAACAACCUUUCUAUAAUCACCACACUGGUGAGGCAUUGCAAUACAAUGCCUAUAACCACCACACUCACCAUGGUGGCAACUAUGCUGGUCCUCCACUAAGUCAACAACAGCAACAACAAAUACCUGGAGAAUUUGAUGCCAGCGGCAAUUUCUAUGAUCCCAAAACUCAAGGUCCCAAUGGAGCUUAUUAUGACCAAAUAAAUUUCCAACAACCUACAGAAUUCCAUCACCAUCAUCAGCAGCAGCAACAACAGCAGCAACACAGUAUGCCUCAUAUUAAUUCAGCCACUGCUACAGCCUUGGGCAUACACAUGGAAGCGGCACCACCACCGCCGCCAUCGUUGCCAACUGGCGCACAUAACCAAAUCCAACAACCGUUCUAUAAUAAUCAUCAUCAUCACCACCAUCAUCAUCAUCACGGCCAACAUCAUGGUGUGGAACAGCAGUAUAAUCCCCACAGUUAUAAUCAACACGGACAUUUUACUCACCAUCAGCAACAUCAACAACCAAUGAGUGAUAAUCAUGUCGUCCCUCCCAUGUCUGGAGAUGUUCUCUUAGAUACCGAUCCACCACCACACAUUCAAAUACCAACCGGUGGUCCUAACAAUAACUUUGUUAAUCCUGCCAAUGUUCAACCGCCCACAAUGCCCGCCCAUAAUGCAAAUUUUCCACAAACUGGACCGGGUGGAAAUCUUAAUGGUUUAGUUGAUAAUUCCAAUAGUUCAUCGGAUUUUAAUUUUUUAAGUAAUUUAGCAAAUGAUUUUGUACCCGAAUAUUAUCAAUUAAGUUAGUUAAUGUAAAUUUCAGAAAUAAUCAAAUAAAAAAAUCCUAAAAUUAAGUAGCUACA